AUGUUGAACCUUUUAAAUCCUAAAGAACUUCAAAUAACUUGUCAAAAAUUAGAGGAAUUAUUAAAUUUAAAAGAUAAAAAAAUUGAUGACUUGACAAAAAAUAAUAAUAACUUAAAGGAAGAAGCUAUUAAAUAUCAAUCAGCUUUGGGCGAUGCAACAAGUUUUCAACUAGGAAGUCAAGAUUCCAAUAGUGCUGGUCAAUUAUCAAAAGAUAUUGGCAAUUUACAUAAAAAUUUAGAUAAAUUUUGUGGGCUGAAAAAAGGUAUUAAAAUUAAUGAAUCAGAGGAAUUAUUAAAUUUAAAAGAUAAAAAAAUUGAUGACUUGACAAAAAAUAAUAAUAACUUAAAGGAAGAAGCUAUUAAAUAUCAAUCAGCUUUGGGCGAUGCAACAAGUUUUCAACUAGGAAGUCAAGAUUCCAAUAGUGCUGGUCAAUUAUCAAAAGAUAUUGGCAAUUUACAUAAAAAUUUAGAUAAAUUUUGUGGGCUGAAAAAAGGUAUUAAAAUUAAUGAAUCAGAGGUAAAAAAGCUCUUGAGAAAAUUUGGCUGUUCAAUUGCUGGUAGUAAGAUACAUAAUAGUAAAAAUCUGAUUUCUGGUGUGUUAGAACGUCAUGUGAUUGAAACCAUCAUUGAAAAAACCCAAAAUUACUUUAAUAAUGAUAAAGGCAACAAACAAGAUGAUGAACAAGAUGAUGAGAAACAACAAAGUUUGGAAGUGAAAAUGGUUAAGACAACAGAGCAACUCUCAAAGUUGACAGAUUCAAUUUCAAAAUAUCGCACUGGAGAUGAAGAAGUUAGCAAAGCUACUUCAACAAAAUUACGUCAACAAAUUUAUGGUGUUCUUGGAAAUCGUGGAUUUUCCAAUAUUGCUGUAGGCAAAGAAGACAAAAAACAUCCAUUGAUUGCAACAUUACAAAAAGAUAUUUUAGAUUUAAUGAAUUGUUAUCGUACAAUUACAAAUCCAGAAAAGUUGUCAGAAAUUGAAAGCAUAAUUGAUGAAAUUGUUAGGCAAGUUGUUAGUAUAUUUUUUUUCAGAUUAAAAGUACAAGAGCCUGUUGCCAGUUGGAAAUUUUUUGAAUAUAAAACAAGCAUCAAUACUAUUAUGAUGGAAGCAUCUUGGGAUGAAGAUGAACUUGAAGAUUUAUAUGUUGAUAUUUGUGCAUUUCCAAUAAUUGGAUUUAAUCUUUGUGAAGCUGACAAAGUUGAUAAAAAUUUGAAAGUAAUUUUUAAGGCACAAAUCAUCACCAAUCAUCCUACUAGAAGUCAUUGGUAG